AUGUUAUCUGCUCAUUUCUUCCUCUCAGAGAUUUAUGCCAAAUGCAGCAUUACACAGAGAAGAGAGCUCUGGGAGGUGAUAAAAACCAUUGCCCAUGACUUAACUGCGACCCCAUGGCUUCUUGGGGGCGAUUUUAAUGCCAUCUCCGAUAUCUCUGAACGAGAUGGCCCUGGUAGGACUAAAAUCCGGUCUGCUAGAGAUUUUAGUGAUGCUAUUUUGGAAGCUAACCUCCUCGAUGCUGGUUUCAUUGGCUCCCCAUUUACUUGGACUAAUAACAAAAUUUGGGAAAGGCUUGAUAGAGUGCCCUACAAUAACACCUGGAUGGAUCUUUGUACUACCACGACGGUUUUUUACCUCCCUCGGAAUGUUUCAGGUCACUCUCCCCUCCUCAUCUCAGUUAAGCUCAAUGCUCAGAGGUCUCAAUCAGCUUUUCAGUUUCAACACAUGUGGAUAAAGCACCAUAAUUUCAUGGAAUCUGUGGAAAAUAGCUGGAAUGCUCCUUCGGGCUGUUUUGGGCAACUUAACCUCCACGUUAAGCUUAAAAGGCUUAAAUUCCACCUCAAAGACUGGAACAAGUCUGUUUUUGGAAAUAUUUUUGCAAUUCUUGCCAAUGCUGAUUCUAAAGCUGCUGAGAGUGAAUUGGUUUAUGAUAUAAAUCCUUCUCAGGCCAACCUUAUUGAAAAAAAUAGAUGCUUUGCAGAACUUACAAAGGCUAUCAGUAUGGAAGAAGCCUUUUGGAAAUAA